AUGGGCACCAAGCAGCGGCUGUUCUGGACUGCGUGCGGCUCGGUUCUGGUUCGGGGUUCUAACGAGGUAGGGCCGAUGGAGGGAGCUCCGGAUGUCGUGAUCGAGAAUCUUUGUUCCAUGUAUCCCCUUGUCAACUUUUGUGGCUCUCGUGGCUUCCUUGUAAGCGACCUGGAACAUGGGGAUUUCAGUUCAGCCCCAAGAACGCCUACUGCUGGCCUGUUGUGGGAAAAUGUCUCGACCAUCUCGGUUGUUGGAUCAGAGGAAUGGAUGUCUCCAGGUCGUUCUGUUACCAUUUUCUGUCAAAACGUUGCUUCUGGCGAUCCUGUCAAUAUGACCAUGAACCAAUGA